AUGUACAGCAUGAGUGGGCCUUGCAGCUACACGAGCAUCACGAGGGGUUGCCUGUCCAAUAUGCGCCUGGGUGAUGCAGGCAUGCAGCCUGUCGUGCUGGAGGUUCGCGGUUCGAACAAGAUUGGCAACGAUGACAAGCGCUGGAGUCUAGACUUGGCAGACGGUGUGCACGUGGUGAAGGCAGUCGUCGUCGCCGAGAUGGCGAGGCGUCUCGAACAGAUCCAGGGCGGCGCCUUGCGCCUGCUGCUGCGUUUGGACAAGUACAACAUCAGGGAGACGGCGAAUGCCAAAAUCAUGCUGGUGGUGCUGGAGUUCACCGUGGUGGGGCGAACACGGGACGAAGACAUGGUGCCGAACGAGUUCCUUAACAAGCUGAGCUUGGAGCAGGAUGGCGGGGCUGCUGAUGCCCUGCCGCCCACACAGGCUUUGCGCGAAGAGCAUGCUGCAAGGGUCGCCCACAGCUCCUACCACACUCCCGAGCGCCGCAUCGCUCCAGCGCCCGAGACGACGCCCAAUCCGCCCUCGGCACCAAACAGUAGAACGGCCGCCUUCGGAAUGGGGGCAGCUGGCUGCAUAGCAGACGCCCCGACGCAACCAGGUUUCGUGGAGGCACCCGCUGUGCCGCCGGGAAACUCCGCCAACCCGUAUGCAGCACAGUUCGGAACGUCUGCUCCAGGAAGCUCAGGCGGACCGUUCGGCGGGAACCCAUACGCGAUGAAUGCGAACCAAAGUACCACCAGCGACACCUGUGGAGCACCUCGCCCAGCUGAAUCGGCACGAAGCCUCAGCACCAGCCUGGCUCCGGUUGCCUCGGUGGGUGCCGUCACGCCUGUCAGUGCGCUGAACGCUUACACUGCCGGUCGGUGGAAGAUCAAGGCACGGGUUAUCACAAAAGGCGACGUGCGCAAGUUCAACAAUCAGCGCGGAGAGGGGCAGCUUUUCAAGGUAGACCUGGCCGACAAGUCUGGCGAGAUCUCCGCAACCUUCUUUGGUCGCGCCGUAGACAAGUACUACUCGCUGCUCAAGCCUGAGAAGGUAUAUACCUUCCAGAAGGGCCAGAUCAAACCUGCAAACAAGCGCUAUGACCGAGGUGACCAUGUGCUGGUCUUCGAAGAGCACGCUCUCAUCGAGGCUGUGGGCGAGGAUGAUGACCUUCCGAAAAUCAGUUACGACUUCCGGGACCUGGCUUUGGUGGAAACAUUGCAGCCUGAGACGCACAUCGAUGCCAAGGCAGUGAUCUUCCAUGUCCAGGAUCCUUUUACUUUCACUGCCAAGUCGUCCAACAAAGAGAUGACGAAGCGUGUCGUCCAUCUUUGGGACAAUUCUGGUGACCCCGCUGCUGGCAGCACCUGCGAGCUCACGCUUUGGGGCGACACGGCCUUGAGCCCGGACUUCGCCGUGGACCAGGUGAUCUUCCUGAAGAAGGCCCGCGUCACGGAGUUCAACGGCCAGAAAAGUCUCAGCAGCCCUGCGGGCUGGCAGCUGAGUCCGGACAGCCCGCAGGCUUUCGCUUUGACCCGCAGCUACCAGCAGCUGCAACAGACGAGCCCGCAUGCAUUGCAGGUGCGGACAAGCUGGGGUGGCUCAGCGGCAAAGCGCCAGACGAUCGACGAGUUGCGCCAGGAAGACAUCGGCCUGGGGCCUCCGCCACAAUCCUGGCAGCCCGCUCCGGGACCUGGCGAACCAAAAAGCAUCCACCGACACUGGGUCGUAGCGACGAUGACCAACCUGCCCAUGGACAAGCCCCCGUACUACACGGCCUGCCCUGAGAAGAUGGAAGCGACCCCGGCUCCCACUACCACGACACCUGGCACCAGGAGUUGCAACAAAAAGGUGACCCAGGAGCAAGAGGGCCUUUGGCAAUGUGCCGCUGGCCACAGGUCUCAGCAGCCGGACUUCCGGUACCUAUGCCGACUGACGAUUCUGGACCACACGGACAAGUGCGAGGUCAACCUCUAUGAUGAAGCUGUCCUGAGGCUGCUGAAGUGUCCGGCUAAGGACUAUGCCAGGGUCUACGACGCAGGCAUGAACAGUGGCGAGAGUGCAGCUGAACUGCGGCAGCUGAAUGCGCAAAUGGAGUGGAGGAAGUGCUUGUUCAAACUCCGCGCGCAGAAGGAGAUUUGGCAGGAGAACGAGCGUGUCAGGUACUCCGUGGAUGACGUUCAGCCUGUAAACUUGGUGCAAGAUGCCAAGCAGAUGCUCGCCGAAGUUCGCGAGUCGCUGGCUGUGCCGCAUAUGCCGCCUGCCGGCUUCUGA